AUCAUGAAGGUCACGCAGCCAGAAAAGACGCUCCUAUUCAAGAAGGAGUCCAACGGCUCUGUCUUCCGCAUUCCCUCUCUCAUCUACAUCAAAGAAGCGAACAUGUUUUUGGCAUUUGCUGAGAAGCGCAAAAGUGAGAACGACGCCGCGGCAGAAUACCUGGUGAUGAGAAGAGGAAUCUACAAGACAGGAUAUGUGACGUGGGAAGGUACCCAAAGUCUGCAGGAUCUCUGCCUGAAGAAUGAACACAUGAUGAACCCGUGCCCCGUCUAUGAUGAGACCAGCCAAGUUCUCUUCUUAUUCUUCAACUCUAUACCCAUUGGGGUCACGGAAAAUUACAUGAAGAAGUGGGGAAACUCCUGCAAACUCUGCUACGCCACUAGCAAGGACUGUGGGAAGACAUGGAGCUCAGUGAUCAAUAUAACAGACAUCUUAAAUGGCAUCAAUAACAUGGCUACUUUCUUCUUGUCCCCUGGCCAUGGCAUCCAGACAGAUUCUGGAACAUUGGUGGUCCCUGCUUAUGUCUACGUCGCAAAAUUCUGGUGUAUUCAGUACUGUUGCACAAAGUCCCACUCGUUGUACCUCUAUAGUAAGGAUGGGGGUGGCAGGUGGAACGUAUCGGAAAGAAUCGAAAAAUUUGAGUGUGGCGAAUGUGAGAUGGCAGAAAUAGUCUGCGAAGGUGAACAGAAGAUGCUCUACUGCAAUGCACGAACCCCAUCCAAGUACAGGGUGGAGGCACUGACACUGAACGCCGGUGGUGAAUUCAAAAUGUCUGACAAAAGUCGAAAGCUGAAAGACACCGCGGAUGGAGGAUGCUCCGGGAGCAUUGUAAGCUUGCCAGCGAUUGUCCAACAAGGUGAGGAAGGCGGUCACUGGCUCCUGUAUUCUCACCCUGCUAAGAAAGACCGCAAGGAGCUUGGCAUCUUCUUAAAUAAAUCUCCUCUGUCAUCAGAAGCUUGGUCCAAGCCGUGGGUGAUUCAUGAUGGCCCAGCAGCUUAUUCUGAUCUUGCCAAGUGCCACGAGGCCAACACCUUCGCCAUCUUGUUUGAGAGUGGGACACAGAAUCCUUACGAGGAGAUCAAUUUUUGUCUUUUCACUGUGGAGGAUGUUUUGCAGAACAUCAAUAAGAAGAAAAGCUUCUUCUCCCGAUUUACGAAAUAAAUGGAAUGUCAGGCAAACAUGUUUUUUACUC